AUGGCACUUCUGGAGACUGUUGCGGUUCCCACUCCUGAGGAGGCGGGCACCAGCACCCCAGGGUGCCACAGAUUUCUGAGAAGCACCCGGGAGUUUCUGAUUCCAGGACUAGGGAACUGGCCCCAGACUGCUCUCCUGAAAAUUGUCCAGCCCAUGCUGAGGCAGCCGGCCUGGAGAAUCCAGGCUUCCAGAAUGGCGGCCUUAGCAGCGUGGUCCUUGAAUGAAUCUUUCCUGUUUCCUUCCUCCCAGGGCUGUGCCUGUACAGACAAAGGCCAGUGUUUCUGCGGUGGCGCCAAAGGCGAGAAGGGGGAGAAAGGCUUUCCCGGACCCCCUGGUUCUCCAGGCCAGAAAGGAUUCCCGGGUCCUGAAGGUCCUCCUGGACCCCAGGGACCCAAGGGAUCUCCAGGACUUCCAGGAUUCACCGGUCCCAAAGGUGUAAGGGGAAUAACUGGAUUACCAGGAUUUUCAGGUCCUCCUGGACUUCCAGGCCUCCCAGGCCAUUCCGGGCCAUAUGGCCCUCCUGGAUUACCGGGAUGCAAUGGUUCUAAGGGUGAACAAGGAUUUCCAGGACUUCCAGGGACACCAGGAUACCCAGGGAUCACAGGUCCUACUGGUUUGAAAGGACAAAAGGGUGCUCCCGCUGAAGGAGAAGAUUUAGAACUCAAUGGAAAAGGAGACCCGGGGUUGCCCGGAUUCCCAGGAUUCCAGGGUUUUCCAGGCCCACCAGGUUUUCCCGGGCCCGCUGGCCCUCCUGGUCCUCCGGGACUCUUUGGUUUUCCGGGAGCUAGGGGGCCUGCAGGACCUAAGGGUCACAUGGGUGAUAAUGUAGUAGGACAAAAAGGACAGCAGGGUGUCAAAGGAUUAGCAGGACCCCCAGGACCACCAGGAACAGUUAUUGUGACACUGACUGGACCAGAUAACAAAACGGAACUCAAGGGGGAGAAGGGAGACAAAGGAGCCAUGGGAGAACCAGGACCUCCUGGACCCCUGGGACUGGCAGGCAAGCUGUGUGGUUCUGAGAAGGGUGCUCCUGGAGAACAUGGUGCACAGGGAAAACCUGGAAAAGAUGGUGCCCCUGGCUUCCCUGGCACUGAGGGGUCCAAGGGCAACAGGGGCUUUCCUGGAUUAAAGGGCGAAGAUGGCAUUAAGGGAUGGAAAGGAGACAUUGGCCCUCCAGGAUUUCGUGGUCCAACAGAAUAUUAUGAUGCAUACCAGGAAAAGGGAGAUGAAGGAAUUCCAGGCGCACCUGGGCCCAAAGGAGCUCGUGGCCCACCAGGUCCUACCGGUCCCCCUGGAGCUCCUGGAAGCCCUGGAUCAUCAAAGCCUGGCUUCCAAGGAGCCCCUGGACAGCCCGGCCGGAAGGGAAGCAAAGGGGGGCAAGGCACCCCAGGAGAGGACUCUGUAGGACCUCCUGGGUCCCCAGGCCAUCUUGGUUCAUCAGGCCCUGCAGGGCCACCAGGACCUCCAGGACCUCCAGGUGACAUCAUCUUUCGCAAAGGUCCACCUGGGGACUGGGGACUGCCAGGCCCACCAGGGUCCCCAGGAAUUCCAGGAGUCAGUGGGCCCAAAGGAGAACCAGGCCUUCUGUGUGUACAAUGUCCUUGUAUCCCGGGGCCUCCAGGUCUCCCAGGAUUUCCAGGGUUAGAUGGUGUCAAAGGAAUCCCAGGAGGACGAGGUACAGCUGGUGUGAAAGGAAGUCCAGGGUCUCCAGGAAGUGCAGGUGUCCCAGGAUUUCCAGGAUUCCCAGGUGCCAACGGAGCUCCGGGAUUUAAAGGACAGAAAGGUGAAACACCUCAGCCCCAGGGGCAAGUGGGCGCCCGCGGGGAUCCUGGCCUCACAGGGCCACCAGGGAGAAAGGGCCCGGAUGGAAUCCCUGGGACUCCAGGAAGGAAAGGAUUACCAGGACCUAGAGGCGAACCGGCCCUGAGUGGUGAGAAGGGAGGCCAAGGUCCUCCGGGAGAUUCUGGCCCCCCUGGAUCCCCAGGACCUGCAGGACCAGCUGGACAACCUGGCUAUGGACCCCAGGGAGAGCCUGGACCAAAGGGCACCCAAGGAGUUCCUGGAGCCCUGGGACCACCUGGAAAAGCCGGUCCUAAGGGAGAACCCAGCAUUUCAACACCAAUCCUGGGGCCCCCAGGACCUCCAGGGCCCCCUGGCUAUGCUGGGCCCCAAGGCCCACCUGGUAUCACUGGAUCCAUGGGAAAAUGUGAUCCUGGCCUUCCUGGACCUAAGGGCGAACCUGGAAUUCCGGGAACUGGAUUUCCUGGGCCUCCUGGACUGAAGGGAGAUCAAGGUUUUCCAGGAACAAAAGGAUCACCAGGUUGUCCUGGGGAAAUGGGAGAGUCCGGCUUACCUGGAGAACCAGGCUUCCCAGGAGCCAAGGGAGAACCAGGACUAGCGAGACCUGGAGAGCCAGGAGCAGUAGGUUUUCCAGGAGAAAGAGGUGAUUCAGGAGAAAAUGGAAAAACUGGACUCCCUGGACUUGUGGGCCUUCCUGGAAUUCCGGGGAAACAAGGGCUGGAUGGAUCGCCAGGUGAUCCAGGGAAGCCUGGACCACCUGGAGUAAAGGGACCCCCAGGAAUAUGCACAGAGGGGUCCAGGGGAACCCAAGGACUUCCAGGCUUAAAUGGAUUGAAAGGGCAACCAGGCAGAAGAGGAGAAACAGGGCCAAAGGGAGACCCAGGAAUUCCAGGUUUGGAUAGGUCAGGAUUCCCUGGAGAACCUGGACCACCAGGAAGGCCGGGUCAGCGAGGUGAGAUGGGGCCACCUGGCCCAAAGGGAUUUCCAGGAGCUCCAGGAUUUUUAGGGCCACCAGGUGAAAGAGGAAUGGUUGGGAUGAUGGGCUAUCCUGGAACCCUGGGCUUUCCUGGGCCUCCAGGGAACCCAGGCACACAAGGCCCGAGGGGUGGGCUUGGGAUUCCAGGAAUAAAAGGUGACAGAGGGCCCCCAGGAGCCAAAGGGGAACAAGGAGAUAAAGGAAACCCAGGGCCUUCUCAAACAGCCCACUUAAAGGGGGACAGAGGAGAACCGGGCCUCAAAGGACUUACAGGAAAUACAGGGGAGAAAGGAAACAGAGGCGUUCCAGGCUUCCCAGGUUUAAGGGGUCUGGAAGGACCCCCUGGACCACCAGGAGUACCAGGUCCUAGAGGAGAUCCAGGAAGCCCUGGGAACCCUGGAGAACCAGGACCACCUGGCACACCAGGAAGCUUGGGCAACAUGGGUAUGCCAGGUUCUAAAGGAAAAAGGGGAACAUUAGGACUCCCUGGUCUACCUGGAAGACCAGGUCUCCCAGGCACCCAUGGCCUCCAAGGAGAUAAAGGAGAACCUGGUUAUUUGGAAGACGCAAGGCCAGGACCUCCAGGACCAAAGGGGGAUCCAGGAUUGCCAGGCGAAAUGGGAAAGAAAGGAGAGCGAGGCCCGCCUGGUCCACCUGGAGAGCUGGGGCCUGCUGGACCUGAAGGAGUCCCUGGGAGACCCGGGAGUCCUGGCCACCCAGGAAAGCCAGGUCCUGAUGGAGAUUUGGGGGUUAAAGGAAUGAAAGGCUUUCCAGGCCCUCCAGGAAUCAAAGGCCCUCCAGCCUUCCCAGGAUUCCCAGGGCCUCCAGGGCCAAUGGGUGGAAGAGGUAACCAGGGACAUGAUGGGAUUCCUGGCCCUGUUGGAGAAAAGGGAGAAACAGGCUUGCGGGGGGCCCAUCCAGGCUCAAGAGGGAAUCCCGGUUCUCCAGGUGCCAAAGGAGAUAGGGGAUCCCCUGGCUGGCCUGGCCUCCCAGGCAGGAAGGGAACCAAGGGAGAUGUUGGGCCCCUAGGACCCACAGGCAUAACAGGACUCCCAGGGCCUCCAGGUCUGCCUGGGUUAGUCCUCCUUGGCCAAAAAGGAAAUCAAGGACCACCAGGCUCAAGAGGAAAUCCAGGCGAGCCAGGUCCCCCGGGACCCCCAGGGAGGCCCGCAAAAGGCAUAAAAGGUGACAAAGGAUUUGUGGGCCAGCCUGGCCCAGAAGGUCUGCCUGGAACUCCCGGAGAAGUGGGGUUACCGGGACUUCCGGGAGCACCAGGUACCUCAGGUUCUCCAGGGCUCAGAGGUGACCCCGGAUUCCUUGGAUUUCCAGGCAUAAAAGGACAGAAAGGUAAUCCAGGAUUUCCAGGAUCAGUUGGACCUCCAGGACCAAUUGGGCCAAAAGGACCACCUGGUGCACAUGGAGACCCUGGCACACUUGAGAUCAUCUCCCUUCCAGGAAGCCCAGGGCCACCUGGCUCACCUGGACAACCAGGGAUGCAAGGAGAACCUGGGCCACUGGGGCCACCAGGAAAGCCAGGACCCUGCGGGCCAAAGGGUAAACCAGGCAAUGAUGGAAAGCCAGGAACUCCUGGACCAGUUGGAGAAAAAGGCAACAAAGGUUUUAAAGGAGAGCAAGGGCCACCUGGAUCAGAUGGAUUGCCAGGUGUGAAGGGAAAACCUGGAGACUUUGGAUCACCUGCAGCUGGGGCAACAAUGCAGGGCUUUGUCUUUACCCGACAUAGCCAGACCACAGCAACUCCUCUGUGUCCGGAAGGGACACAGCCACUCUACAGUGGGUUUUCUCUUCUUUUUGUUCAAGGAAAUGAACGAGCCCAUGGACAAGACCUUGGAACUCUUGGCAGCUGUCUGCAGCGAUUUACCACAAUGCCAUUCUUAUUCUGUAAUGAUAAUUUAUGUAAUUUCGCAUCUCGAAAUGAUUACUCAUACUGGCUGUCAACGCCGGCUCUGAUGCCAAUGGACAUGGCUCCAAUUAGUGGCAGGGCCCUGGAGCCUUACAUUAGCAGAUGCACUGCCUGUGAGGGUCCCGCGAUGGUCAUAGCCAUUCACAGCCAAACCACUGCCACUCCCCCCUGUCCCCAAGGCUGGAUUCCUCUCUGGAAGGGAUUUUCUUUCAUCAUGUUCACAAGUGCAGGUUCAGAGGGUGCUGGACAAGCACUGGCCUCACCUGGCUCCUGCUUGGAGGAAUUCCGAGCCAAUCCAUUCAUAGAGUGUCACGGAAGAGGAACCUGCAACUACUAUUCAAAUUCCUACAGCUUCUGGUUGGCUUCAUUACACCCAGAAAGAAUGUUCAGAAAACCUGUUCCAUCAACUGUGAAAGCUGGGGAGUUAGAAAAAAUAAUAAGUCGCUGUCAGGUGUGCAUGAAGAAAAGACAUUGAAGAAAUAAAUAAAAAAAAAAAAGAACUGCCACUUUUCCCCUGCCUAAAUAACAAAGUAAUGGAGCAAAACAUGCAUUUAUUUAGGUAUUUUUCUCUAAACAAACAAUGCUGCUUUAUGAAUGGUUAGUAGUUCAAAGUUUAAAUUUGUUUCCCCAAAUAACAUGACAUUUCUUCCCAGUAAGUUCUAUGAUUUUAGUCUCCAAAUCUGUGCUGUUUCAAAGUUCCUUAGGGCAAGGCAAUCAUCUUUAUAAAAUAUCACUGAAAUCAUAUUCCACUUGUAUCCAAAGCACUCUCUAAAUGGUAAUUGUAUUAGCUUGAAUAUGCAAGCUGAGAGAUAUUUGGUCCACUGGAUUCUUAACAUUGGUCCUCUUUGCUUCUGGUCUUAAAGAUUUAGUGAAGCUAAACUGGUCUUAUUUUGCCCCACUACCUCCUUCCUGAAAUUUUAGAUCUUAAGUAAAAAAUCUGGGAUAUGUAGAACACUGAAGCAUCGUGAACAGAAUUGGACUUUCAGAUGGGUUGAAUAACGUAAGGCCUGAGGGGACACAAUUGAAUGGAGGUUCAUGGAUUUUUCCAGAAUCGUUCAAACAUAGCCAAAACUAAGGCCAAAAGUGCGUUCCCUCCGUGGAACCAUAGUAGUCUAGGAAAUAAUAUAUGGUUUUGUUUUAUAUUUCUUUGGAGAUUUUUGUUAGUCUGUUGAAUUCAUUUCACUGUAUCCAUAUAGCCUGUCUACUCAAAGUGGAUAAAAUGUUUACCUUUACUGAAUUGACUGUAAUAGGAUGUUAUUACACACAAACUCUGAAAUAUGUCAGACUUUUACCUUCUCUUUCCCGGUGUACUCACACACAAAAGAGAAAGAGAGAAAAGCGGGGGAACACUACUUAUUAGAUGUGCACUUUAUCCUCAUCCCUAUAAAAUAAUACCUUAUAUAAUUGGUUACAGUAGAUCAAUAAUUCAUGGAAGAAUGUUAGGGAUUUGUUGGGUGGUCGAGCUGAGAAUAUUUUUAUUUUUGCUCUAAAUAUUUCAUUACUUGGUUUUACAGAUUUGUUCCUUUUAUUUCUAAAUUUUCCUGUGUAAAAAUGUUUUGCCUUGUGGGAUAUAUUCUUACAAACGAUAUUGAGAGAAACCACUGUGUAAAACCUUCAUGUACAAACUGUCUAAUUUGGCAACAGAAUGUCUUAAAACUUGCUUUUCAGUGUGUUGAUACAUUCCAAGGUUACUUAGCUCAACUUAACAAGCAUUUUCUUCAAGACCAAGCAAUGCAGGAAAGGUGGUAAAUUAGACACUAAAAGAAAAACAGAGGAGAUACAAAAGAAACUUGUUUCUAAUCUAAAAACUCAUAAAGAGAUAACUCAUUGCUUCUGUUAAGAAUCACACUUAGGGUCUGGGGAUGGAGUUCGGGGGUAAAGUUUGUGCUUAGUGUGUGCAAGACACUGGCUUCAGUCCCCAGCAGCAAAAUCAAACAAAAAAAGCAUUUCAUGUUUCUCUCCCCUCUUUUUCCUUCCCUCUUUAUUUUUAUAUUUCAUCAUCAUACUUCAGCAGUUAAAAAUAAUAUCUAUAUCCAGAGCAAGUCCAAGGCCCCUAGCUUGUCUUAGGCACCUCAGGAGCUAAGGUCUGGACAAUACUUAGAAAACAAAGAUUUACAAAACACUUUUAACUCAUGUGUAUGUGACACUGGCACUAUCUGGUGAGUCUUAGAGGCUGGACUUCAUGACAGGAGUUUCCAGGCUGCUUCUUUGUCUACCUGAGGUGGAACUGGUGGUGCUGAUAUUUGCAUUCAGGCUCUUGCUCCCAUCUCAACUACUCCUUAAGGGAAAAUGGGACCCUGAAACACAGACGUGGUUUACAUUUUUCACUGCUCACAUAACUGCUGUCAAGCCAUUUUUACAUCAGUAUGACGAUGUGCAGCAUUUUAUUUAUGUGAUUAUGUCCUAAGAUUCACCUGGCAUUAAGGCAUUCCUUCCCUAAAGAGAUCUAUUGUAAUUGUACUCCGCUGUGGCAAGAGGGCCAGCUGGUCUCUGUCAACAUCAGCAUCGCCAGGAGCUUGGUACAAAUGCAAAUUCUAGGCCCAUUGUAGACUUAAACUCUGUGGGUAGAGGCCACAAAUAUGUACUGUCGCAAAGCUUCUGCCUGAUUCUGAUGCCCUCUGAAGACUGAGAAGAGCCGUGCUAGCCAAGCACCCAAGAAAUGGGCCACAAUCACACCUUCUUCGCCUCUUUUAAAAAGCCCGAACUCAGAAGACCUCACAA